GGUCCCAGAUGUGACUCACUCUCAUUAGGUAGCUGGUGGAAGAAACCUUCACAUGUGUGAGCCUGGACGCUGGCCGAGGAGGGGCAGGCGACGGCCCCCUCUAAGCCGGCUGCCGCGGGGCCCUGGAGGAGAGCCAGAGCUGAAGAUCCUGCGUGUCUGUUCAGUCCGGCCCUGAUGCAAAGGAAGAUGCUGGCGGUGCAGUGAGCAAGGCCUGGCAGCUGGAGCAGGGCAGGCCCCGUGGGCCCAUGGAGCUGCAGGCCUGGGGGGCACCUCUCCGGCCCCGCCUGCCAGGCUCAGAGAGGCCAGAGGCCUAGGCACACAGGGGCGGGGGUCUGCAGACAGAUGCUCGCCAGGCCGGGGGGCUUCCCGAGUGGACUGCUGGGCGGGAGUGCUGAGGGUGGAGGAUGCCGGCCAAGGGGCGCUACUUCCUCAACGAGGGCGAGGAGGGCCCUGACCAGGAUGCACUCUACGAGAAGUACCGCCUCACCAGCCAGCACGGGCCGCUGCUUCUCACGCUGCUGUUGGUGGCCAUCACUGCCUGCACCGCCCUCAUCGUCUUGGCCUUCAGCUACGGGGAGCCCUCCAGACACCAGGCUGUCCUGGGGACAGCGUUCGUGACACUUGCCGUGUUCGUGGCUCUCUACGUACUGGUGUAUGUUGAAUGCCUCGUCCGGCAGUGGCUGAGGGCCUCGGCGCUGCUCAUCUGGGCCUGUCUUGUGACCCUGGGCUACGUGCUGGUGUUUGACUCAUGGACGAAGGAGGCCUGUGCCUGGGAGCAGGUGCCCUUCUUCCUGUUCGUGGUCUUCGUGGUGUACACGCUGCUGCCCUUCAGCACGAAGGGGGCUGUCGUGGCCGGGCUCGUCUCCAGCAUCUCCCACCUCCUGGUGCUCGGUGCACUGACGGGGGCCUUCACCAGGCCCAGCAUCCGGGUGGGGCUGCAGCUGCUGGCCAAUGCUGUGGUCUUCCUGUGUGGGAACCUCACGGGCGCCUUCCACAAGCACCAGAUGCAGGACGCCUCCCGCGACCUCUUCACCUACACUGUGAAGUGCAUCCAGAUCCGCCGUAAGCUGCGCAUCGAGAAGCGCCAGCAGGAGAACCUGCUGCUGUCCGUGCUGCCGGCCCACAUCUCCAUGGGCAUGAAGCUGGCCAUCAUCGAGCGGCUCAAGGAGCGCGGAGACCGCCGCUACCUGCCCGAUAACAACUUCCACAGCCUCUACGUCAAGCGGCACCAGAACGUCAGCAUCCUCUACGCUGACAUCGUGGGCUUUACGCAGCUGGCCAGCGACUGCUCCCCUAAGGAGCUGGUGGUGGUGCUGAAUGAGCUCUUCGGCAAGUUUGACCAGAUCGCCAAGGCCAAUGAGUGCAUGCGGAUCAAGAUCCUGGGCGACUGCUACUACUGCGUGUCGGGCUUGCCCGUGUCCCUGCCCACCCAUGCCCGCAACUGCGUGAAGAUGGGGCUGGACAUGUGUGAGGCCAUUAAGCAGGUGCGGGAGGCCACAGGCGUGGACAUCAGCAUGCGCGUGGGCAUACACUCGGGGAACGUGCUGUGCGGUGUCAUCGGGCUGCGCAAGUGGCAGUACGACGUGUGGUCCCACGACGUGUCCCUGGCCAACAGGAUGGAGGCGGCUGGCGUCCCUGGCCGGGUGCAUAUCACAGAGGCGACGCUGAACCACCUGGACAAGGCGUAUGAGGUGGAGGAUGGGCACGGGCAGCAGCGGGACCCCUACCUGAAAGAGAUGAACAUUCGCACCUACCUGGUCAUCGACCCCCGGAGCCAGCAGCCACCCCAGCCCAGCCAACACCUCCCCAGGAGCAAGGGGGACUCGACCCUGAAGAUGCGGGCAUCCGUGCGCAUGACCCGAUACCUGGAGUCCUGGGGGGCAGCGCGGCCCUUCGCUCACCUCAACCAGCGGGAAAGUGUGAGCAGCAACGAGACGCCUGUCCUCAAUGGGCGGAGGCCUAAGGCCAUUCCCUUGAGACGCCACUGGACCCCUGACAGAAGUGCCUCCCUCAAGGGGCGGUCGGAGGAUGACUCGUCCGAUGAUGAGAUGUUGUCGGCCAUCGAGGGGCUCAGUUCCACGAGGCCCUGCUGCGCCAAGUCUGAUGACUUCUCCACCUUUGGGUCCAUCUUCCUGGAGAAGGGCUUUGAGCGAGAGUACCGCCUGGCGCCCAUCCCCCGGGCCCGCUACUACUUCGCUUGUGCCGGCCUGGUCUUCGUCUGCAUCCUGCUCAUCCAUGUCCUGCUGAUGCCCAGGAUGGCGGCUCUGGGCGUGUCCUUUGGGGUGGUGGCCUGCCUGAUGGGGCUGGUGCUGGGCUUGUGCUUUGCUGAUGGGUUCUUGAGGUGCUGCCCGGCCCGGGGGACGCUCCGAGCCAUCUCCGAGAGUGUGGAGACGCAGCCCCUGCUGCGGGUGUCCCUGGCCGUCCUGACCAUCGGCAGCCUGCUCGCCAUCGCUGUUGUCAACCUGCCGCUGAUGCCUUUCCCAGCCCCGGGGCUGCUUGCCGGGAAUGAGACGGGCCUGAGGACUGUGAGCAGCCGGGAGAGGAUCCUGUGUCAGCUCCUCCCGUACUACACCUGCAGCUGCAUCCUGGCCUUCAUUGCUUGCUCUGUCUUCCUGAGGAUGAGCCUGGAGCUGAAGGUCGUGCUGUUGACAGUGGCCUUGGUGGCCUACCUGGUGCUCUUCAACAUCUCCCCAUGCUGGCAGUGGGACUGCUGUGCCCAUAGCCUGGGCAACCUCACCAAGACCAAUGGCACCUUCAGCAGCUCCCCAUCCUGCUCAUGGGAUCUGAAGACAAUGAUCAAUUUCUACCUGGUCCUGUUUUACGCCACCCUCAUCAUGCUCUCCAGACAGAUCGACUAUUACUGCCGCUUGGAUUGUCUGUGGAAGAAGAAGUUCAAGAAGGAACACGAGGAGUUUGAAACCAUGGAGAACGUGAACCGCCUUCUUCUAGAGAAUGUCCUGCCAGCCCACGUGGCCGCCCACUUCAUUGGUGAUAAGUUAAACGAGGACUGGUACCAUCAGUCCUACGACUGCGUGUGCGUCAUGUUCGCCUCCGUGCCGGACUUUAAAGUGUUCUACACGGAGUGCGACGUCAACAAGGAAGGGCUGGAGUGCUUGCGCCUGCUGAACGAGAUCAUCGCCGACUUUGACGAGCUUCUGUUAAAGCCCAAGUUCAGUGGCGUGGAGAAGAUCAAGACCAUCGGCAGCACGUACAUGGCAGCUGCAGGGCUCAGCAUCCCCUCAGGGCACGAGAACCAGGACCUGGAGCGGCAGCAUGCCCACAUCGGCAUCAUGGUGGAGUUCAGCACUGCCUUGAUGAGCAAGCUGGAUGGCAUCAACCGGCACUCCUUCAACUCCUUCCGCCUCCGAGUGGGCAUAAACCACGGGCCUGUGAUUGCUGGAGUGAUUGGGGCACGGAAACCUCAGUACGACAUCUGGGGGAACACAGUCAAUGUUGCCAGUCGAAUGGAGAGCACUGGGGAGCUCGGGAAAAUCCAGGUUACAGAAGAGACGUGUACCAUCCUCCAGGGACUAGGCUAUUCUUGCGAAUGCCGAGGACUGAUUAACGUCAAAGGCAAAGGCGAACUGAGGACUUACUUUGUCUGCACGGAUACGGCCAAGUGUCAAGGGUUGGGGAUGAACUGAGGGUCUUUUGGUAACAUGCUGGAAGCCCAUUUCCUUCCCUGAAACUAGCCAGAGACAGGACGGCUCAGCCCCCCUCCAGUCACAGGGGCAGUCCCAGGCCCUGGCCAUCACUACCCCGGCAGGUGGCUGUGCGUGGCUUCCUCGGACUUGCACUGGAGGAAAUCUUGGAACCUGUGCCAGAUGCUGGCUUGAGGUGACCGCCAAGCUGCACCACACACAGGCAGCCAGAACCCUGUGCUGUCGGCGCCUGCACAGCUCCAACACAGCGGGGAAAGGCUCAUUUGUGAGUUUUAGCCUCUCGUUCCUCCAGGUGCUAUGGGGGAGACCUUAGACAAUGACCCAGAGAUGCCGCCACCCACAUUCACUCGCCCCCCCUCUCCCCCCAUCACCUGUGAGCUGCACAGGGGAGAUGCCUCUUUUCUGGUCCAGGACAUGGUGGGCCUGGAACAUACACACAACACGACCCCUUUCUCCCUAGCAGACCAGCUAUAAGAUUCCACAUUUCUCAUACAGGCAAACAGAGUUGAAACGGUGUUUUAAAUCUAUAAAUGGUUCUCAACAAUAGGGAGAAAACCCUGUAACAGACACUUCUUACUUCCCGUCACCUUUGGCAUGUGUUGUUUUAAAUGGAGGUAUUAUCCUUUUUAAUGACUUCUGAGAUGCCAGACACACUCUCCUCCCUCCAGUGUGAGCUUAUGGGAUGAGCUCAAGCAUGGGAUGGAGCUGAGGCGCUCCAUCCCACCAGGAAGGCUGGGGCAGCACAGCCUUGGCUCGGAAUCGGACAACUCUGAAGCUGGCGUUUUGAGGUCAGGUUCAAUAAGCAGAGCCCAGGAGGAAAGGUAUACGCUCCCAGCCCUUUCCCGACUCCUCAUGAGUUUUUGAGUGCCCUCUGCAACCUCCGACUCUGUCUUGGCUUUGCACUGGAAAGGAAUGGAGUCUGGGUCGAGGACUUGGACAACCUGUGGUUCUCUCCUUCAGUCCUCAGGGCUGGCUGGGAAAAGCUUCCAGGCAUAGAGGAUCUACGUGUAGAGGGUCCCGUAUCUGGGGAGCCCAGCCCUCGCACAAGUGCUGGGAUGUUCUUGUUCUGAAUUGAAUUAAUCCAGGCGGGUCAAAGAGCCGGGUCUGCGAGGUGGGGUCUCAGAGCGCUUCAGCUCCAAGCGUCAAAAGAAGUCAACCUGGUGCCAGGUGAGGAGUAGCCAAACUGCCCAUUCCCUUCUCCAAACGGACAUCACUGCCUCGGACCCAGCGCGGUGCAUCCCCGGGAUUUGGAAUAUAUAGCUGAAUCUCACUACACAGCAGGGUUUCUUAGCCAGAAGUCAUCCACGAAUUCCUCUGAAAUUAUAUGGAAAUUCUUGCAUAUGUGAGACUUCAAAAGAUGACCCCAAGCUGCAGCCGGGUCUGCCCAGGAUGGAAGGCUCUGGACUGAGGCCCGCCCCAGGCACGGAAAAGGGAGGACUAGCGGCAGCUCUGAGGCGCUGCAUGAAACUGAAAUAGGUAUGAAUAAAUCACGAGAACUUGUCCUAAAGAAAUUUUAGGGUGAAAAAUGCUGGUAAGGGAAAUAAGCCUUAAACUGCCUUUUCACACCCAGACUCUUCAUGUAAAGUGCUGGUUUCAGGUGAGUACUACGCUGAACUCUAUAGCGUUAAAGCCAGCAGUGACCAGGGCUGUUCGGCAGGGCUCUCCUGGAGAGUCAGGAAGGUUCUGUCGAUGAUACGGUGUAGAUACACAUCAGUGAGCUGGCCUCUCUGGGGUGGAGAGAUUUAUACUCCCAUAAUAUGCAAAUUAUUUUGUUUCAAGAGUUAUCCCAGUUGGGAGUUUAAAAAAUAAUUGGUAAUCAUUCAUGUUAUUUUUAUUUUUAAUUAAAGCACUGUAUUCAGGUAAAAAUAUUACGUUUCGGGCUUCUGAUGUUCAGAUUAUAGUGUGCAACUGACCGUAAAAAUCACUUAUUUUUUAUAAAUCUGUUUGCCAAUCACCAGGUCAUUUCUCCACAACUGUCAUUUUGCUCUACGACAGGACAAGCAUCUUUUCUAACAGUGACCUUCUCUAUGGGUGAGGGACUGGCUUCAGGUUUCUACUAAGGGGGCCUCCCUGACACUAGUGAAAAUCACACCUGAAGGUUUCUGGUGUACUUAUCAAGAAAAUUUCCUAACAAAAAAGAUUAUUAACCACUGUAUAAAUUGUGUAUAUGUACAGAAAUAUGCUUUGAGAAAGUACAUGCAAUUGACUAGGGGUUAUUCUACAUACUGAAUAUUUAUAGAUCUGUAACAUUUGUUUCGAAAUGUUAUUAUUCCAUUUUAUAAAGUACCAGAGUUUCUACUUUGUUUAGCUUUUCAUAUAUUAAAUUAGCAAUCUGAAAAACCUG